CCUCUAUCUGGGGUUCUUAGAUUCCCGACUGCGUUUAUAACAAGCGGCCAUGCACGGUUCGAGAGUUUAAUCCAAUCGAGUGCCACACCUUCAUAACCAUCACCACUACUUACCGAUCACCUUCUCGGCUGUAUCGCCCCUGUUCUCGGCUUCUUCGUCUCUUUGACUCGGCUCAUUGAAGACCGGCGCUCUACCCUUCCAGUUGCGCUCAGGAUUCGUUUCAAUUACCCUUCCAUCCCUCUUUCCUAUUCUAUCUCUCCCUACAUGGCUAUGCCAUUGCUUUCCGCCAUAUAGCCCUCCUCAAUGGAUGAGGGUUCUGAUCCGAAAGCCCCCCGCCGGAAGAGGGUAUCUCGGGCCUGUGAUCGAUGUCGGAGCAAAAAGGACAAAUGCGAUGGGCUCCGUCCGGCCUGCUCCGCCUGUCAGGCCUCGGGCCAGACCUGUUCUUACGACCCCCACGCGAAGAAGCGCGGCUUACCGGAAGGAUAUGUCCGCGGUCUAGAGAAGCUGUGGGCCCUGUCGAUCUGCAACAUCGAGGGCUUCGAAGACACCAUGCUAGCCCUGCUAGGCACUACAGCUGAAUCAGCGAAUCGAAGAAGCAAGCUCAUGUCCAUUUGGUCUGACGACAGCGCCUCAGAGUCCCUGCAUGAGUCGUGGAAGAAAAGCCGCCUAUUCGGUGCGCUCGAGAAGAUGCUGUCAAAUUCGGACCCAUCGCCAAACCCAUCAGGAAAACGGCCUCGCGAUGGUCAUGAUAAUGGCUUGACUGGGUCGGAAACCGAAUGGGGAUUUCGCAUCGACCGGAGCUCACCACAUCAUUUACAUGAUUCUCCGCGCGUAGUUCAGCCGUCCAGCUCGUCGCAGGUCAAGCGACCUAGAUUAUCAUUACCACCCGAGAAUCCGACCGCGUUCCAAGCCAACCAGGGGGCACAUGGGCUGCAAUUACCGCCGCAAACUUCGCAGCUCUUGGAUGUCUACUUCGCCGUUACUCACUCGUGGUUCCCCAUUGUCGCCAAGCACAAUAUUCUCCGUGCCUCUUAUCUGUACGCAGGCGCGCCUGUGUCCGUGGUGAAAAUGGCACCCGGUUCGGGUGACCAUGCUGCUCUUUGGGCUUUGCUCAGUUAUACCAUUUCGCAAUCCCAGCUCAACCCGCGGGACGGGUCCUCGAAGGUGCUCACUCAGACCAAGGAAUAUUAUGCGAUCGCUCGCUCUUUGAUUCCUUCCGAGACUGAACGUUAUGAACUCGGACAUGUGCAAGCACUGCUUCUGCUCACACUGGUGAACAUUGGUCUGGAAGAUUGGACGGCUGCUUGGCUGUUAAGUGGCCAAGCAGUCCGAGUGGCUGUCUCUAUGGACCUAGGUGUCUUUACAGAUGUACGACGAUCUGACGAGCUACGACAGGGCAAGGCGGUCUUCCUCGGCUGUUUCGUCAUAGACUCGUUGCUGUCGUUCCGUAUGUCGAGGCGGCCCUCGAUGCAUCCGCGGGAUCUUACCACUGUGGGCUUAUUAGAGGAGGAUGGUUUGGAAGAAUGGAAUUCUUGGGCAGACGUGUUGCCCCCUACGACAGUCGGGCAGGGCAAGAGUCCGCGGCGUGGCCCUCUUCUCACGCUAAGCUGCUUCAACCGACUGGUCGAGCUAGCCAGCGUGCUGAACAAAAUCGCUCGCGACUUCGCACCAGGCUCGGGUGCUCCACUCUUUGCUCAGCAGUUGGUUCUAGAACUCAAGCAAUGGGAUGAUCGUUUGCCUCUCGGAUGCCGCUUGAUUGGCCCCGAAAGCAUCUAUCCGGAACGGCAUUCCGCCUUACUGCCCCAUCAGAGCUAUCUGGGACUGACUUAUGUCGCUACUCUCUUGUGGCUUUAUCUUCGUAUUGCUCCUCAGGAGCUAGGGUUGUCCCGGUCUCAACGUCCAGCUGUGGAAGGAGCAAAGAAGAUUCUUUACCGCGCUCUUCCGAUCAUCACUCAGCAUCUGGAGAAUUUCCAACUCUGUGGACUGCCACCUAUCUUUGAACUCUCUCUACGGACAAUAGCCGAGCAAGCUUUUGUCUUACGCAAUAAGAUUGAAUCGGACAUGUUCCCUUUCGCCCAAUGGGCGGAAGCAUUGGUUGAGCGAACGACUCUAUUGGGCACUACUUGGCCUGUAUAUCGCUCAUUGUGCACCAUGAUUGACCAUUGGAAUCGGUCCAAGGACCUACCAGGAACCCCAGUGGCGCCUGCUCAGAGAAUUGAAACGGAGGGUACCCCACGAUCAAUACACGGAAUCACCAGUAACCCGUUCCCGCCUGCAUCCAUACCGACCUCAUCAGUUGGGUAUCAGAGUAUCUCCGGGGAGACAUCCUUGAAUGCCCAAGCGCGAAGAAAUGCCUCUAACUUGCGUGAACCUGAUUACAUGACGUCCAUCGCGGGUAUCAGCAUUCCAGUGGACGGACAAUACAUGACACCAAAAGACACAGCCAUGGAAAAUGCAGACCUUUCAAUGAUGGAUGCAUCUUUCCAAGGCUCCACUGGGCGGGCAGCGGUCCAUCUGGACAAGUCGAGCCCUGCGAACGGGUUGAGUGUGGCUAUGGCACGAGGACCACAUUCUCACCCAGCAACUCCCGACUCUUCCGUAUCAACAUCCAUGAGGUCGGGAAUUGCCGGAGCACCCGGUGAUCUUUCUGUUCCCCGGAGUGAUCAACUAGACCCCGGUAAUCUCCGAACCACUAAUCCUGGGGAGUCCCAUAUCGGAUCGACAGGCGAUAUUGAUGCUAUCUUCCGAGAUCUGGCUUACCUCGAUACGACAGAAUGGGCCACAAAUCGCGAGGCCGCGCUGAAGGAUUUCGGUUUCAUCGACGACAACACGUUCCAGGCGUUCUGUCAUGAUCCAGAUCGACUUGUUGGGUCUCAGCCAUUAGUUCAUCCGCCCUCAAUUGCGGACAUAUGGCCGCCUCCCGGCUUCUUCCCGGAGACCUUCCAAGAGCCGAUGGAGGAGACUAUGGAGGGUUAGCUGGGGUGCUCGUGGUUGGCAACUCUAUGGAAAGGUUUGCUCAAGGAAGAACACCCCAUCUGCUUCCCCUGGUCAUGGUUGAUUCAAGGCUUGUGAUGCUAUGAGCGUAAUUAGAGCACACAAUGGGCGGCGCUGUUGGUGCAUUGCGGUCAUCCUUUUCUUACCUUGUUCUAUUUCGAUACCCAAUGCAAGCGCACUACAGGUAUUCCGUCUCAUCGGCUUUGUUUAUGGGAUUGACAGAUAUUGCGAUGUCGAGAGUUCCAGAUAUAUGACAUGGUAUAGUAGGCAGUAACCGGAGGUUGAACAGUAUAGCAUUGGUCGAUGGUAUACCUUCUAGUAUAGUACAGGUGUUGUACAUCUUAUAUCCUGGAGCCGCCUACAUUAU